UUUACAUGUUUCAGAAAUAAGGCGUUUCCAUGCAGCAGGCUUUAUGCUUGUGAUAUAAUACAAAGCGUACUAUUUGGAAAUUGUCCAACUAAUGAGGAAAUAUAUACCUACACUAGAGGGCGUAAGUCUUGCGAUGUUUUUUUUUUCUUUCUGGUGCUUGCACUUACCUUUUCGUAGCUUAAGUCGUGAUGGUUGGUUAACCUAUAUUAGGAAAUGUUAAAUCGGUUAAGGGUAAAGCCAUGCUUGCAUCACAAAAGCAUUUUAAAAAGCAAGUUGUCAUUAGCCACUCUAGAGGCUUUUACUUUGUAGCAUACGAAUACAAACGGUUGACACACACACACACACACACACACCAACACACACAGCUACUUCCUUUCUUUCAAACUAUUAAACACAAGCAUGUCUAUUUGAGUUUUUAAAAAAUAUUUAAACCGUGCGCCAGUAGCAUGCACCAAAUAGUUUAUUUCGCAUAAUAUUUGGAGUAUUUCCUUUCCGUUUUAUUUUCUAAUAGUGUUUCAAACCCGCCCUUCUUUGAGACCCGCCCAGCUCGUGCAUAUAACACGAGCUUAGUGUGCCGUGAACCCAUUCUGCGCGGCCUUUGUUGCGGUAUUACUUUAUUUUGUAUAGUGUUACUGUAAAAUGGUUGUUCAAGAUAAGCCGAGCUCUCGACAGUACGGCAAAACCAUGGAUGGAAACCAUCAUAAAGCAGAAGCAAACAUCCUUUUACUUGGGGCACUAAACGUCGGGAAAUCGGCGCUCACAGUGCGGUUUCUUACGAGACGAUUUAUUGGCGAAUACGGUGACAUUGAAUCGAUAUACAGUCAUAUUGACAAAAUCGAUGGACGAGAGAUCUCCUUCAACAUCUGGGACUCUCUGUACCCGCAGAGCUGCGAGACUACAGAUUCAAUCAGUGAAAAGCAGCUCCAGUGGGCUGACGGUGUAAUCCUCGUCUACAGCAUCUGUGACCGCUCCAGCUUUGAGGUUGUGCGUCAACAGGUGCAGCUCAUCCGGCAAUCAGGGAAGCUCUCUGCGAAUGUGCCCAUUAUUAUUGUUGGAAACAAGCGAGAUCUCCAACAUCAGAGAGCUGUGUCGAGCGAAGAGGGACGACUCUCCGCCCUUUCGGCAGACUGUGGUUUCUUCGAAAUCUCCGCAGCUGAAACCUACCACGGUGUACUGCUCGUGUUUCAUGAACUGUUGGACCUUAUCAGGGAGUCUAGAGCCGUCAAGAAAGGUGUGACUGGAAUAAAAGGCAUCGUGAGGAGCGUGUCUGCUGUUUUUGGGAAGAAACGGGAGUAGUUCCUUUUACACAAGAAGAUGGUGUCAAUAAUGGGCUAUUAAAAGUCUCCCUAGGUUGUCCGAGGGCAGAAUUAAUUGCCAGAAAAGAUGCAAUCUGGGCAUCUGUGGGUUUGAGUUUCUGAAAGAAAACAGCCAAGUGUAGGAGUUGGGUUGUAUUUUAAGUUGAAGGUGCCAAAAAGUCAUUAAAAUGUUGGGAUGUUUCCUUUAAGCAGGUGAAGCAUAAGCAUGAGCAUUGGGUUGUUUACAGCCUACAUGUUUGAGGAAGUAGUGAAGCAGCCCAAGUCUUAAAUAACUCCUUUAACAUUCCACAUAGACACAAUUAGAUGUUGAGAUUCAGAAUAAUACUGAAAGGUUUGUGUUUUUGGAGGAUCUAAGAAGAAUGCAGAGACAAUUGCAGAUAAAAUGGUGUUCAUCUGUUUGUCCAAACUUGUAUAAACUGAAUUGAUAUGUAAAUUUUGUCUACCUAUGCUGAAGAGCUCGCUUGAACUAUAUUGUAAAUUAAGGAAAAUAUACAAUGCUUAUGAACAACUAGACAGUUAUGUUCAUGAUUAUCAGAUUAUUUAAAAACUUGUGUCUAAGAUUUUGAAGUGUAUUUAUUUAAAUUUUGUUGCAUUGUUUAUUUGCCAAAGCAGGUUUAUGGUGUUUUAAAUAAAUAUAAAGGAUUGAAUGUGUUUUAUUGUAAUACAGUAUUGGCUAAGCAUAACGAUAGACAAUGAGCAUAUACCAUUGCUAUUAAAUAUUUCAAAUUGGGCGCAAUAAAUUUUUAGUAAGGACUACGUUUAAAAAGUGUUUGGGCAGAUACCGUGCAAAUACUUGGAUUAAUAGGUAAAGACAACCAUGGUGAUAGAAAUAUAUUAAUGGUGGCUAAACAAUCUAAAAAACUACUGUACUACAGUAACCUGAUGGUAUGGGAGAAAAGAAAUUUUUGUGCUAUUUUGGUCAGCUAUAUUUCCUUCAGGAUAGCUGACUAAGUAAUCUCUCGCUAUGACUCAGCUUCACUCCAUAACGUGCAUUCUCUCACACACACUCGCACCCCUCUAGACAGCUUGCAACAUGCCUGCUCUUGACAUCCUCCACACAUGUCAGACCUUAUGGUAUUGACUGGCUAACUGCCCAUUCAAGCUUGACUCAACACUUCUUGGCUUCAUUUGUCUUCCAACUCUCAAAAAUUAUUUGUCCAAUUUUGUUAAAUUAGAUAGAAAAUUGUUUAUAUCUAUGUGCUGAUCGACACCGUUGUAUCUAAUAAACGUACGCUUGCAUGCUGGUA